AUGGUCACUGCGGCCAUUGAGCAUGUGCUGGUCAAGUUCCUUCAGCCUUACGUUGAUGGAAUCGACAGCAACGACCUGCGGCUCUCACUCUGGAGUGGAAACCUGGAGCUCAAGGACCUGAAGGUCAAGGAAGAUGUUCUCGGUCUCCUAGGCGUGGAAGGUGUUCGGGUACGAAAUGGCCGUGUUCAUAGAAUCAAGAUUACUUUGCCGAGCAAGACGAGGCUUCUCUCAGGAAAGAUCAGCGUGGAAGUCGAGGGUGUGCAGCUGCAAGCCGAACAUCUCACAGAGAGCUUGGCGGAGUCUGUUCUCAGGAAAAAUAUGAAGGACACCAAGCUACAAGCCAUCGAGCUACGCAUGGCCCAACUUCGAGAUGUUUGGAGACGCAAGCAGCAAGCGCAGGAAGCCUACGACCAAGCCGAGCCAGGCUUCGGCAUCAGGUUUGCGAGGCGUCUCGUGAACAAUCUCAGCCUAGAGCUGUCGAAGGUGGACGUUUCCUUCUCCAGCCUCAACCCUGCAGCUGUUGGCGCUGCGAAGAUGACGUCUUUGCAAGUGCUCUCCACGGACAGCUCCUUCCGGAGAUUCAAGCAGGACGAGGUUCUGGAGGCAAAGGGAACCUCCCUGUACAAAAUCCUCAGCUUCGACGGCCUGAGCUUGGCCUAUGGGCAGUCGAUGGAGGCCCUGGCAAACCUUGUGAGCCCAGUCCGGGCGGAGUUGAAGUUGGGCCACGUCCCCGAUGAUGGACUGCUGCGAUUGGAAGUUGAUCUCGGUACAGAUAAGCCCACCGAGAUUCACACCAAGCGCUCGCAGCUCAUAGGUGUGCUGGCCCUGAAGACAGCACUGAGCAAAAAGUGGGAGGAGCUGCGUAAACUUCUCGUCGAUCCGAAGGAAGAAGAGCGGCUGAAAGCACGCCUCGAUGACUCGGAGGACAAGUACUUCAAGCUCUUCCGCCAGCGGUGCCUUGCUAAUGUCGAUGUCACAGAGGAGAAGGUGGUCGCCGCGCUUUAUCAAACUGGGCUUAACUGCAGCCAGCUUGAACAGCCAGAGCAGCAGGAGCUGGAGACCCUGGAGACGGUUCUUCCUGUGCAGCUUUUGGCUUCGGCCAGAUGCAGGGCGGAAGACUUCAUAACGGAGCUGGUCAAAAAGGCCAAGCCGCAGAAAAAGUCCGGCGGGUGGUUCAGCCGGACCUUCUUUGGGCACAAGGAGCCAGAGGAGUCAUCCCUGGACAAGCUCAGCGUGGAGGAUCUACUCACUGAGUUGCAGAGCGCUGCAGACGUAGAGGUCCUGAUGGACAUCCAAGACGAUACCACAGUGGAAGUGAUGCAGCUUCUUUCACUGGACCUGAGCACGACGUCCCUGGCGGUGAAUGUCGAGUCAGCCACGGACCACAAGGGGCAGAACUCGGCAGCUUUCAGCCUCUUCCUGGCCCUGGGUUCGGUGGGCUCGAGUGACGAGAUCAUGCAGCAAGCUCUGGAUCUCCGACUGGAAAACAAGCUGGAGCCCACCCAGAGCCUCACCUUUGCCCCGCUGGAGAUUUUCAUGAUCCCCGGCCUGGUGGCUUCGAUUCUGGGCUUCUAUCCCGACGCUGCCGAGGUCGAGGAGGCGGCGGGUGUCGGUGCCCCGGUCGUCAUGAAAACGAUUGAGGCUGAUAGGAAGGGGCUUUGCGGCCGCCUUUGCUCGGAGGCUUUCGUGGAAGACAAGGAAACGAGGGCCACACGGGCUGAGUGUGAUGUGGGAUGUUGUGGGUAUUGCAAGGUGAUUUGGUCUUUGAGGCUCUGCAACGGGUUCCAGAAACUUCAGGACAGGUCACUGUUUCCAACUGUUGCAGUCAGCCUUGAAGAUCCCUGGCUGGCAGGGAGCGUGCUGGAUGCCAAUGCGGACAGGGCCAAGGAGCUUGCCCAAGAGGCUCUCGAGAGAUCGCAGGGGGUGUACAACCGCAUCCCUGACCGCAUCAGCUUGAGUUUGUGGCAAGAAGUUGGGGCUAGGAGACCCGGGUCUCGCCACUCCGAGCCAAGCAUAGUCAUUAAUGACGAGCUUUCCGAGAUGACCGAAAGGUUUCUGGUAUGUCUGGCCAUCAACCUCUCUGCGCCCACAGUGCACGUCCCUGUCGCCAGCGUGGGCCAGGGAAGCGGGCAGCGAGCGGUCAGCUUGAGCCUCGCAGCUGUGAUCACUUUGGGCCAGCUGACCCUGGAGACUCCAGAGCCGUGCCUCUUCGAGUGCUUACAGUUUGAGCUGCAGCUCAAGAACACGCAGGUCUCCACGAUGUUUGCAACCGGUGAUGUGUUUGACGUGGUGGAACCGCUUCCGAUUACCAUUUCGCUCAAGCAGCUCGCGCGGAUAUUCGGAGAGAGAGAGCACAUGUAUGCAGAGGCGCCCAAGGAUGUUUCCAUUGUUGUCGCCAUCAAGAUUGGGCACCUGAGCUUGUCGGCCUCGCCAAAUUCUGUGAACCUCCUGAUGGGACUCCCACAAGCAGUUGUGGACAUGCUGACUCUUGGCAGCAAGUGUGAGCAGCUGGCGUGGAAGAGGACGGUGCCAAUAACAGUCCGGCAAAAGAAGCCCGCAGUUUUGGACAAGGCCCCUGAGGCUGUCCCGGUGCAGAAAGAGCUGAAGCGGACAGGCAGUGCCGUCGGUUUCAGCGCGACCGAAGUGCUUGGCGAAGAUUUCGUCGCGUUCAAAAGGGCCGAGGAGCUGCAGAAGAAGCCCAUGCGGACCAGCGUGUCACUGGCCUUCGAUGAUGCGACCUUCUCCCUCAGCGACUCGAUCAUGCCGCUCAUGCGCUUGAAAAUGGAGGCCAUGCCUCCCGGGCUGCAGGUCAGUGUUGAGGGUGGAAAAGUGGACGUCAAGCUCAUGGAGUCCAGCCUCAGCAUCGACGUGUUGAAUACACGGCAUGGCGAUUGGGAGCCCUUUCUGGAGCGCUUCGAUUUCGGCGUGUCCGUAGUGAUGUCUGAGAGGAUGCGCAUCUCCCUGUGGCUGGGCUUAGAAGCCUCCUUGGAUCUCCCGACUUUGCGGAAGGUAGUCAUCCACACUUUUUUUGCUUUAGUGCUAAGAGGCUUCAUCCUCGUCUCCUCCUCCUUUCUAAAUUAUAACAAACCCUAA